GCUGCAUCUCCCCAGAGCUAACAGGGAGCUAGCAGCUCAGAGGGAGGAGACACGGUCAAACCCAGCCUCUGUGUGUGUUUGUGUGUUUAGGUGUGUGUGUGUGAGUGUGUGUGUAUGUGUGUGUGCCUGUCGCAGACUAGCAGGCACGGCCACUGCUGCACUCUUGUUUCACCAGACUUUUUCCUUUUAACCUUGCCUUGCCACGGUGCUCAGCACAGGCCUGCUUCUUCCUCCACUUCAGGAUAAAGAGGGAUCAGCGUGGGGGGACAGGAGAGAACAGACGGCAGCCUUCCUUUCUCUCCUUCUUUACUCUCUAACAACCUCGUAGUUGCUGACAGCUCCUGGCGGACGUGCAGGCAGGAUGAUAGCAGCUCAGCUUCUGGCCUACUACUUCACCGAGUUGAAGGAUGAUCAACUCAAAAAGAUUGAUAAGUACCUGUACUCCAUGCGUUUCUCGGAUGACACGCUGAAGGACAUCAUGAACCGGUUCCGCAGGGAAAUGGAGAACGGGCUCGGCCGUGACACCAACCCCACCGCCACCGUCAAGAUGCUGCCCACCUUUGUCAGGUCCAUCCCUGAUGGAUCAGAAAAGGGGGACUUCAUAGCUCUGGACCUUGGGGGGUCAAACUUUCGGAUCCUGCGUGUCAAAGUCACACAGGACAAGAAGCAGCCGGUUCAAAUGGAGAGCCAGGUUUAUGACACCCCUGAUGACAUCAUCCAUGGCAGCGGGUCACGGCUCUUUGACCAUGUUGCAGAUUGCCUGAGCGACUUCAUGGAGAAGCAAAAAAUCAAGGAUAAAAAGCUUCCUGUAGGAUUUACGUUCUCCUUCCCCUGUGCCCAGUCUAAACUAGAUGAGGCGGUCCUCUUGACAUGGACAAAGAAGUUUAAAGCCAGUGGUGUAGAAGGCAUGGAUGUUGUGAAGCUUCUGAACAAGGCCAUCAAGAAACGAGGGGAUUAUGAGGCAGACAUCAUGGCGGUGGUGAAUGACACAGUUGGCACAAUGAUGACCUGCGGAUUUGAUGAUCAGCGCUGUGAAGUGGGCAUCAUCAUAGGAACGGGAACAAAUGCCAGCUACAUGGAGGAACUGCGUCACAUUGACCUGGUGGAAGGAGACGAAGGGCGGAUGUGUAUCAACACCGAGUGGGGUGCCUUCGGGGAUAACGGGUCCCUAGAGGACAUUCGCACAGAGUUUGACCGAGAGAUUGACAGGGGCUCUAUCAACCCAGGAAAGCAGCUGUUUGAAAAGAUGGCCAGUGGGAUGUACAUGGGAGAGCUGGUUCGACUCAUCCUGGUCAAGAUGGCCAAAGAGGGGCUGCUAUUUGAAGGACGGAUAACCCCUGAGCUCCUGACGAAAGGAAAGAUUGAGACGAAACAUGUUUCUGCCAUUGAAAAGACUAAAGAAGGACUGAAGAAAUGUAUGGAAAUCCUGACAAGGCUCGGGGUGGAGCCUUCAGAUGAAGACUGUCUGGCUGUGCAGCAUGUGUGCACCAUAGUGUCCUUCCGGUCCGCAAACCUAAUUGCUUCAACACUGGGAGGCAUCCUUGCUCGCCUAAAGGAAAACAAAGGAGUAGCACGCCUCCGCACCACCGUGGGCAUCGAUGGGUCUCUCUACAAGAUGCACCCUCAAUAUGCUCGCCGUCUGCACAAGACAGUGCGUCGCUUGAUCCCAGACUCAGAUGUCCGCUUCCUGCUGUCUGAGAGUGGGAGUGCGAAAGGCGCAGCCAUGGUGACAGCAGUGGCGUACCGUUUGACAGAGCAGGCGCGCCAGAUUCAGCAGACUAUGGCAGAAUUCCGGCUGAGCAAAGCCCAGCUUUUAGAAGUAAAGAAACGCAUGAGGGUGGAGAUCGAAAGAGGCCUCAAAAAGGAAACCCACAAGGAGGCUACAGUCAAAAUGUUACCAACCUUUGUCCGCAGUACACCAGAUGGAACAGAGAAUGGAGAUUUCCUCGCUCUGGAUCUCGGAGGGACAAACUUCCGCGUCCUUCUGGUAAAGAUACGCAGUGGGAAGAGGCGAUCAGUCGAAAUGCACAACAAAAUCUACGCCAUUCCCAUAGAAGUGAUGCAGGGCACAGGAGAAGAGCUCUUUGACCACAUUGUGCACUGCAUCUCCGACUUCUUGGAUUACAUGGGAAUGAAAAGUGCUCGACUGCCACUGGGUUUCACCUUCUCCUUCCCCUGCCAUCAGACCAGCUUGGACGCAGGUAUCCUCGUAACCUGGACCAAAGGCUUCAAGGCCACAGACUGUGAGGGUGAAGAUGUGGUGGAGCUUCUUCGGGACGCGAUCAAGAGGAAAGAGAUGGAGAAUGCAGAGUUUGAGCUGGAUGUGGUCGCCAUAGUGAACGACACAGUGGGGACGAUGAUGACCUGUGCAUAUGAGGAACCCACCUGUGAGGUGGGGCUGAUCGCAGGGACAGGCAGUAACGCCUGUUACAUGGAAGAGACAAAGAACAUCGAGAUAGUGGAGGGAAACGAAGGCCGUAUGUGUGUCAAUAUGGAGUGGGGGGCGUUUGGAGACAACGGCUGUUUGGAUGACAUCAGGACACAGUACGACCAGGCGGUGGACGAGAACUCGCUCAACGAAGGCAAACAAAGAUAUGAGAAGAUGUGCAGCGGUAUGUACCUCGGAGAGAUCGUCAGGCAGAUUUUGAUUGAUCUGACCAAGCGAGGCUACCUCUUCCGGGGACAAAUCUCAGAGACGUUGAAGACCAGGGGCAUCUUUGAGACAAAGUUCCUGUCACAGAUAGAGAGCGAUCGUCUGGCGCUGCUGCAGGUCAGGGCGAUCCUGCAGCAGCUGGGGCUCGACAGCACCUGUGAUGACAGUAUUAUCGUCAAGGAGGUGUGUGGCACGGUGUCCCGCCGCGCGGCGCAGAUCUGUGGAGCCGGAAUGGCUGCAGUGGUGGACAAGAUCCGUGAGAACAGAGGACUGGACCACCUGGAUAUUACCGUGGGCGUGGACGGCACGCUGUACAAGCUGCACCCACACUUCUCCCGGAUCUUCCAGCAGACGGUGAAGGAACUUGCCACAAAAUGUGACGUCAACUUCCUGCUAUCGGAGGACGGCAGCGGCAAGGGGGCCGCCCUCAUCACUGCCGUGGGCUGUCGCCAGAGAGAGCUGGAGGCGCAGCAGCACUGAGGAGCUCCGCCCCAUUUGUCCUUGAGAACUACCUGCUGCUUCACCGUGACCUUCACCCGCCGCACAGCCCAACUCCAUCUCCCCUUGGCAGCCGUGACUCCACCUCUGCCCCACCUGGCCCCCACACAGCCAGAAAGACAUGCUGCAUGCAUAGGGAAUUAAAACUGAAUAUCUAAAUAUUUAUUUAUACAGCACCAGAAGGUUUAUUAUUUCCAUGUUUGUACAUUUUCCUGAGUAGCUUGUCAGUAAUCUGAUAAAUCUAAACUCCUUAGGUGUGCAAUAUUUGUGUAUUGCUAAUUUUAUUUUUAUAUGGAGGCAAAUAUAUAAUUGUAUUUAUAUAGCUAAGGCCACUUUGAAUCCCAGAGGUCAUUAGGAUUUUGCACCAUAGACACGAAAAAAUGUCGGCACUUUUUAUAUGAGAGUUACAACAGCAGCAUUUCAAUGUAACUUCCAAAUGAAGGCCGUCCUUCUCACUGAAUGAUGAAACUCAUUUUUACAGGCUCCACUGGUUCAGAAAACUAGUUCUAAAAGGGCUCGCUGCAUAGGGUUGAAUGCAAGAGUCACGGCUGUUAAAGUCACCCUCAUUUUAUGUGCAACAUGCUCACACAAUGUGCUAGUCUAAUGCUACUAACCCCCUUUUUCUGUAACCAUCGAUGUAACUCACAUGUGAAAGUAUUCCAGCGGCACCAUACCAUUUAUUCCUCAAGAGCCGAGAGGGUAGAAAGUGGAAGUGUUAGCGUAUCCUGUUGCUAUUUGUGAACUACUAUACUUUUGGUGUUGUGAUGAAUCCCACUUCUACUCAUUGUAUGUGCAAAGAAUAAAUGUUUAUUGGGCCCCAAGAAGAGUGGAUACUAUGAGCGCUUUUGUGUGUAUUUGUGGCUGAGUGUCAGUGUGUCCUAUUGUAAUGACCUGUAGCUUUCAAUGUCCAAAGCUCUGUGGAGACUGCAUGCCUUACAUUAAGACAAAAGAGAGCACUGGAUCUUUUUCUUUUUCUUUUUUUUACAUCAAUAUAGAUUUGUGAUCGACACAGUGAAAAGUGAAUUCAUUAAAUUAUAUUUUGUUGUGGAGUAAA